UGUGCCGUCUGUCUGAGUUUCCGUCCCUCGGAUCCCUUCGCUCGGUUCUGCUCCAAAUGUGGAUCUGCUGUUCCCGUGUUACCGGAGCAGAGACUGCCCCCUACUGAGGGAGGACAGGUGGUGUCCUGUGUGUUCUGUAACACUCUGGUUCCUGUAAACACUCAGACCUGUCUGAUCUGUGAGAGCUCCAUCCAUCAACAGCUUCAGCCUCAGGCCAGCCGCACACUGCAGGCGUCUGGCGCCCCCUCUGGCCCCUCAGCAGACGGCAGGAAGUGGUCGUGCUCCCGGUGUAAGCGUCUGACCCGGAGCGGCGCUCGGUUCUGUGAUUGGUGCGGCUCCAAGCCUGGGCACGCUGUCAGCUGUGUGAUCUGUUGGCGAUGUGGAGCGAGCGGACACCCGUACGCCGUCCACUGUGCAACCUGUGGCGUCUUCCUGGAGGCCCCGCCCACUUCCAGCUAUGACAUCAGGCAGCAUGUUGGGGGUGUGGCCACCAAACAGGCUCCAAAAUCAAAGACCCACAAUGCCACCUGGCAGGCCACGCCUCCCUCUGGACCUACGCAUAUCAAGAAACCAGCCACGCCCACUAAAGACCAGUACACACAGACUGUGGGACUCUAUUACCCAUCAGCCACCGGGCUGCAGAGGAAGGAGCAAGAGAAGGCGCUAACGCUUAGCAGACAGAACGCCGUCAGAGACCGCCAACCGCUGCUGACCGCCAUCAGCCCGGGUCGAGGUUUCUGGAGGAAGCAGCUGGAUCACGUCUGCGCUCACCUCAGGAGUUACGCUCAGAACAACGCCCCCUUCAGGGCUCUGCUGGGAGAACCACGCCUGGGCCGGGUGGUCUCUGUGGUGCUUCAGGAGGACCGGUACGAGGUCGGUCUGACCGUCAGCUUCGUGUCAGCUGGACGACCAUCAGAGACUCAGGUGGAUCCAGCAGGUGGCGCCGUGGUCCCUGCAGGUGGCGCUGUGGUCCCUGCAGGGCGGACUGAGACUCUUAGCAGCGUCACGGAGCGAUCGGCCGACAGCAGCUCGCUCAGAAGUGAGCGUCCCACAGGCGUGAUGAAACCGUCCAAACAGAAGCCGACCCCCAAACCUCCGGUGACGGACGUGCAGCUGUUGAAGGAGCUGGAUCAGGGUCCAGGUCAGAUCAGCGUCAUCCAGCAGCUCCUGGAUCAGGGGGCGGACCCUUCCUGCUGCGACAGCGACGGUCGCCAUGCUCUGACGGUCGCCGUGGUGAAUGGUCACCAUGAGGUACUUCCUGUGUUAGUGCAGAGAGGGGCGGACGUGGACCAGCAGACGGGACCGAUGAAGAACACUGCUCUGCAUGAAGCUGCAGCUCGGGGCUCUGAUGGUCUGCAGUGUGCUGAAGUCCUGCUCAGCUGUAAGGCGAGCGUGAGGCGGAGGAACACCGGCGGUCAGACGGCGUACGACGUGGCGGUGAGCUCCGGCUGUAACGACAUGGUGUCCCUGCUGGCGGCUCAGACUGGACUGGACCUGCUGGGCAAACUGGGAAAACCCAGACUGAACCUGGACGUGGUCUGACAGAAGAACUGGACCUGCUGCUUCAGGUCUCCCUGCUGUCAGUUAAACUUCCUGUUAAUAAAGACGUGCCUCCCUGUC